AUGUCAUCAGAAGGAGAAGAACAGGUUCACCACAUCAUAGGAGAUAAUACAACCAACAACAGUGAUACUUCCUCAUCAAUAAAAACACCCAACGCAUUGGGAUCAAGCGAACCAAUAGAAAGAUGUGAAGUGUAUGGAUGUACCAAUGAAAGAGAUAAUCCCGAGUCAGGCAAUGUUUAUUGUCGACAUCAUAUCAUAUGUCCACCUAAAACAAGAGUAAUGGAUGAUAAAGACGAUCAAGACAAGAAAAAGAAGAAAGAACAACAAGAGGAAAAUGGAUGUUGUUCAUGUUGUAGAUGUUGCUGUAAGCAAUUUGGUUGUAUCUUUGAUUGUUGCAAUAGUUGUGGUUGUUCAUGUAUCAAAUGUCUAUGUAACGAUCUUUUGGGUCGAAUCAACUCGGUGACUGAGGUUACAUUAGACCUUGACCUAGAGUCAUGUUGCUCACCAGCCAAUAGUUCUACUGGAGGUGCCUCUACUGCUGCUGCCCCAGAAAUAGUCGUCUCUCCAUCGGUAGCAUCCUCAGAUUGCUCAUCUUGUGGAUGUUCUGGUACCACCAAGGAAAAGAAAUCAUGUUGCUCCAUGUCAUCGUUGUUCUCUUAUCGUGACUUUAAGAUGUUUGUACCAAACCUCGCUCAACUCCAAGGACAAGCCCAAGAAAUAGAACAAGCACUCUUAAAACUCUCCCAAGUCAUCGCUGUCUCGUAUGACAUUGUAAACCGUGUAGUCGAGAUCUCUACAAGCUCUGAAAGAUCCAUAUUCUCUAUUCUCGGCGUAUUCAAUCAUUUCCGUUUACUAGUAGCUGCCGUUCAAUCCAAAGAAUGCCCAUCACCAUCAACAUUAAAUGAAAUUGAUGGAGAUGAAUUAGAAGAACCAAUUCAAAUUAGUAAAGAAGUUGCAAACCCCCCUGGAAAUAAUGAAAGAGUCUAUCAAUUGUCGGGAUUAAAGUGUCAGGUUGGAUGCUCUAAAAAGAUUACAACCAUCCUCUUGGAGAACAAGAGUAUUGUCAAAGCUGACAUUCACUUUGAUUCACAGACUCUUCAUCUGAUUGGUACCAUCUCUGAUCAACAAGUCAUCAAGACAGUCCAACGCUUGGGAUUCAAAAUCAAUCGUCAAUUAUCAGACAAUAGUUUGUUGAUUGAUAUUGACCAAGAUGAAGAACAGUCCUUGGCAUGUCCAAUUCCCAAAUCAUCUGCUGGCGACGGUAUUGAGAUGGAGAAUUUCUCUGUCAAGGUACAAGGUAAUCCAACUGAAAAGCCAGUUCAAGUGUCUGUCGGUGUCUAUGGAAUGACUUGUGCCAGUUGUGUAGCCAUUGUUGAAUAUGGUAUCAAGGCAGUACCAGGUGUCAUUGAAUGCUCUGUCAACCUUUUGGCCGAGCGUGCUGAAGUCACCUAUCAUCCAGAGAUUGCCAAGAUCCGAGACAUUAUUGGUGCACUCGACGACCUCGGCUAUGAAACCAAGAUCCUUCAAACUGCCAAACCAGGUACUUUCUACCUUGCCGUAACCGUUAGCAAUGGUAAAAGUGACGAUGAAAUUGCCAAACUACUUGGAUCAAUCAAUGGAGUGACGUCAGUUGAAUACAAUAAUCGCAAGGAUGCUCAGUCUACUACCACUUCCGCUGCUUCAGACGACACUGAAACAUUUGCCAAUGGAGUAUUCAAGAUUCACGGUGACUCUAUUCUAGUUGGUCCACGUACAUGUAUGCGUAAGCUUCAAGCUGACCUUCAAGUCACCACUGAAUUGUACAGUCCGGAUUCUUCAGAGGCCAAAGACUCGUUACUUAGAAAACGUGAGAUUCAAAAAUGGCGUAAUCUCUUUAUCUUUUCAAUCAUCUUUACAUUGCCCAUUAUCAUCUUGUCGAUGGUUCUCGUACCGUCUGGUGUCAUGUUUCUCAUGGAAUAUGUACGUCCCAAUGUAGCACUCCCCUGGGAAUCGUUGAUUGGUAUUAUCUUGGCCACUCCAGUCCAGUUCAUCUCGGGUCUCACCUUUUACCGUGCCAGUUGGGCUGCACUCAAAAACUUGCACGGUAACAUGGACUUGUUGGUGGCAGUCGGCUCGACCUGUGCCUAUGUCUACUCGGUGCUGGCCAUCAUCCUCAAGAUUGGUAACCCCGAGUUUGACGGUAUGCACUUUUUCGAGACCAGUGCGUCGCUCAUCACCUUUAUCAUCCUCGGACGUUGGUUGGAAAACAUUGCCAAGGGACACACCUCAUCUGCCAUUGUCAAGCUCAUGAAUCUACAGUCCAAAGAGUCGAUCCUCGUCUACACAGAGACCGAUGAAAAGACCGGCGCAUUCACUGUCGUCUCUGAAGAGACUAUCCCAUCCAACCUCGUUCAAUACGGUGAUGUCCUCAAGGUUGUGCCCGGUGCAUCUGUUCCCACUGAUGGUGCCGUCGUACACGGUCUCUCAACUGUCGACGAGUCCAUGUUGACUGGUGAAUCAAUCCCAGUCACCAAAAAAGUCGGCGAUGUCGUCACUGGUGGUACUGUCAACCUCGAUGGAGUCAUCUACGUGUCGGCCAGCAAAGUUGGCUCUGAAUCUACCCUCUCUCAGAUCAUCUCACUCGUUCAACAGGCUCAAACCUCCAAAGCACCCAUCCAAGCUCUUGCAGACCAGAUAUCAAAGGUGUUUGUCCCACUCAUCAUCUCUCUUGGUAUCCUCACCUUUAUCAUUUGGAUGUCACUCGGUGCAACCAACUCUUACCCAGAGGGUUGGAGAAAUGGAAACAGUCCCUUUAUCUUUGCCUUUUUAGCUGCCAUUUCAGUGAUUGUUAUUGCUUGUCCCUGUGCACUUGGUCUUGCUACACCAACAGCCGUCAUGGUUGGUACUGGUGUCGGUGCCCAAAUGGGCAUCCUCAUCAAGGGUGGGAAGGCACUAGAAACUGCCCACAAGACCUCUGCCGUCCUCUUUGACAAGACUGGUACGAUCACCACUGGCAAGAUGACUGUCACCGACUAUCGUGUCACCAGCCAGACCGACGAAGCCUCCUUUUUCCAAACUGUCGGUGCUGCUGAAAGCGGUAGUGAGCAUCCCAUUGGCCGUGCCAUCGUCAAGUACUGUACCGACAAGCUCGUCGACGGUCGUACCGAGCAAGAAAUCAAGUUCCCAAUGGUCCAAGACUUUAAGGGAGUUCCAGGCAGAGGGUUGGUCUGCACUCUUGGUGAGGACCGUGUCUUGAUUGGCAACCUCUCCUACAUGAAAGAAAACAACGUCGCAGUCGACCCAGUCUUUGUCACUGACGCUCAACAAAUGGAAACCAACGGUAAAACAGUCAUCUAUGUCAUGUUUGGAGGGCAGUUUGCCGGUAUCAUGGGUAUCUCUGAUAUCCCACGUGAAGAUUCAGCAGUUGCCAUCCGUCGUCUCCACUCCCUCGGUAUUGAAUGUUAUAUGGUUACAGGUGACAAUAAUCGUGCAGCCAAAUUCAUUGCCCAACAAGUCGGUAUUGCAGAAGACCACAUCUUUUCAGAAGUCAUCCCCAAGGAAAAGGCUGACAAGGUUCGUCAACUCCAAGAAGCCAAACACGUUGUUUGUUUUGUCGGUGAUGGUAUCAAUGAUUCACCUGCCCUUUCUCAAGCUGAUGUUGCAGUGUCUGUAGCCACUGGUACUGACAUUGCCAUCGAGUCAUCGUCUAUUGUCUUGCUCAAAAACUCAUUGACCGAUGUCUACCGUUCCAUUCAUCUCUCUCGUGUUGUAUUCCGUCGUAUCCGUAUCAAUUUCGGUUUGGCACUUGUCUACAAUUGUCUUGCCGUUCCUCUUGCAGCUGGUGUUUUCUUUUUAAUGUUUGGUGUAUCCCUUCCACCAAUGGCCGCAGCUGCUGCCAUGGUUUGUAGUUCUCUCUCAGUUUUAUCAAGUUCAUUAUUAUUAAAAUUGGUUAGAAUUAAAUAA